AUGGUCAAUGUGCUAUUUAUUCACUUAUUUUUAUUUCAGGAGCUGUUGACCUUCAGGGAUGUGGCCAUUGAUUUCUCUCAAGAGGAGUGGGAAUGCCUGGACCCUGCACAGCAGAAUUUGUAUAAUGUGAUGUUAGAGAACUACAGAAACCUGGUCUCAUUGGGUCUUGCUGUCUCUAAGCCAUACCUGGUCACGUUUCUGGAGCAGAGCAAAGAGCCUUGGCAUGUGAAGAGACAAGAGACAGUAUUCAUAUUCCCAGAUAUGUCAUCUCAUUAUACCCAAGACUUUUCACCAGAGCACAGCAUAAAACAUUCAUUCCAAAAAGCGAUAAGUGGAAGAUAUGGAAAUUGUGGCCUUGCCAGUUUGCAUUUAAGGACAGAAUGGGAAAGUGCAGGUGAGAGUAAAGGUCAGAAAGCCUGUUAUGAUGGACAUAACCAGUGUGUGACACCUAACAGUAGUCAAAACUUCACUGACGACAGAGGUAAGAAAUGUGGGAAACUCUUUCAAUGCUCAAAACUUAAUAUACAUCAAAGUCCUCAUAUUCAGGACAAGCCUUACAAAUGUGAAGAAUGUGGCCAAGCUUUUAAUCAAAGCUCAAACCUUAUUCGACAUCAGAGAGUUCAUACUGGAGAGAAACCCUGUAAGUGUAAAGAAUGUGGCAAAUCCUUUAGCAGUUAUUCCUAUCUUACUAUACACCAGAGAAUUCAUACUGGAGAGAAACCCUACAAAUGUAAAGAAUGUGGUAAAGCCUUUAUUGAUUGUUCAACCUUUGCGCACCACCAGAGAAUUCAUACUGGAGAGAAACCCUAUGAAUGUAAAGAGUGUGGUAAGACCUUUAACAAGUGUUCAAACCUCAGACAACAUCAGAGAAUUCAUACCGGAGAGAAGCCUUACAAGUGUAAAGAAUGUGGCAAGGCCUUUACCAAGUGUUCAACCCUUAGACAACAUCAUAUAAUCCAUACUGGAGAGAAACCCUACAAAUGUAAAGAAUGUGGUCAAGCUUUUAAUCAAAUUUCAAACCUUACUCAACACCAUAAAAUUCAUACUGGAGAGAAACCCUACAAAUGUAAAGAAUGUGGCAAAGCCUUUAACAAGUGUUCAAGCCUUAGACAACAUCACAGAAUUCAUACUGGAGAGAAACCCUACAAAUGUAAAGAAUGUGGCAAGGCCUUUAUUCAGAUUUCAAAACUUACUCAACACCAGAGAAUUCAUACUGGAGAGAGACCGUACAUAUGUAAAGAAUGUGGCAAAGCCUUUAACAAUUGCUCAACCUUUAUUUACCACCAGAGAAUUCAUACUGGAGAGAAACCCUAUGAAUGUAAAGAAUGUGGCAAAACUUUCACCAAAGGUUCAGAUCUUAAACAACAUCAGAGGGUUCACACCGGAGAGAAACCCUACAAAUGUAAAGAGUGUGGCAGAACCUUUACCAAGUGUUCAAGCCUUAGACAACAUCACAGAGUUCAUACUGGAGAAAAGCCUUACAAAUGUAAAGAUUGUGGCAAAGCCUUUAAUCGUUGUUCACACCUUACAGUACACCAGAGGAUUCAUACUGGAGAGAAGCCCUACAAGUGCAAAGAAUGUGGCAAAGCCUUUUCCAAGUGUUCAAGCCUUAGACUACACCACAGAAUUCAUACUGGAGAGAAGGACUAAAAAAUGUAAGAGUGUGACAAAGCCUUUGUUCAACUUUUAAACCUUAUUCAAUACCAGAGAAUUCAUACUUUACAAAAACCUCCUACAUAUAAUGACUGUGGAAAGACCUCUGUUCAAAAUAAACACCUCAAAGAGCAGCAAAAUAUUUGAGGUAAACUACCCUAAGAAAAGUACACCAGAAAUAUGAAAUUGCUACAUGAGAAUAAGAGAGUCCACAGCAUUUGGAAUCACUGACAUGCAGUUAGAUAAGCAGCAUUUUACAGAAAGUGCAGAAUAAUUAAUUCAUAAGAAGCUAAGAUGAGAAAGUUCUGAGGAUAAGUAUUUAGACCAACUUCUUAUUAUGCUAUUAUACAUUGCUGCUAGUCUCAAGCCAAAUGGGAAGGCUUAAAAGAAUCUUUAGAAUAAAGAAA